AUGGGGACACCGAAAAAUGGGAAAGAAUUUUAUUCGUUUCAAGGAUACGUGUCGUACUUUUCUUUGAUUGGGAAGAGUCUAUUUGAACUAACAAAACCUAGUGUAGCAUGGAACUGGUCAGAGGAAUGUGAUAUGGAGUUAUAUACAUUGAAUGAUAACUUAGUGAUAUCACCGAUUCUAUCUUACCCUGAUGUGAACUCUCCUUUCUUUGCAUGGUAUCCUCCACCAAAACUAGAUCUGCCACUAUAUCCUAAACCUAAUCCACCAUUUCCUCCAAGAUAUCCUAGGUCAAAUCCACCAACGCCGCCAUAUCCUAAUCCAAUCCCGCCAUAUCCUAAUCCAACACCACCAUAUCCUAAUCCAACUCCGCCAUAUCCUAAACCAUACCCGCCAUAUCCUAACCCAACUCCGCCAUAUCCUAAACCAACGCCGCCAUAUCCUAAUCCAACGCCGCCAUAUCCUAAUCCAACGCCACCAUAUCCUAAACCAUAGCCGAUAUGUCCGACAUCAUAGCCAAUAUUUCUGUAUCCACAACCCUUACCAUAACAUGGAGCAUGUGCAUUAAUGCACACGGCUGACAAUAGUACGACUAGAGCAAUGGCGAGCUUCAUUU